GUUCUCGAGAUGCCACGCUGGUUCCUCUGAAGGAACGCCUUGCCCUAUCGAUCGCCGACCAGCCGGAGGAGACGCGCCUGAAUAAAAAGAAGCCCGUGCGUCCUCAUUGCUCGGCCGAUCACCGGCGCGGAUCACCAUGUCUUUCACCGGCACGCAGGACAAGUGCAAGACGUGCGACAAGACCGUCCACUUCAUCGACCUCCUCACCGCCGACGGCGUCUCCUACCACAAGACAUGCUUCAAGUGCAGCCACUGCAAGGGGACCCUCUCGAUGUGCAACUACUCUUCCAUGGAUGGUGUCCUCUACUGCAAGACCCAUUUCGAACAACUCUUCAAGGAGACGGGGAGCUUCUCAAAGAAAUUUACGCCAGGUGGCAAAUCCGCGGAGAAGAGCGAGGCAAAAGCUCCAAGCAAGAUGUCAUCUGCCUUCUCUGGAACUCAGGAUAAAUGUGCGGCCUGUCAAAAAACCGUGUACCCAUUGGAGAAGCUAUCCUUGGAGGGAGAAUGCUACCACAAGGGCUGCUUCAAGUGCUCGCAUGGUGGCUGCAUCCUGACGACCUCCUCGUACGCUGCGCUCAACGGAAUCCUCUACUGCAAGAUCCAUUUCUCACAGCUGUUCAAGGAGAAGGGAAGCUACAACCAUCUUAUCAAGACCGCACAAACAAAGAAAGAGAACGAGGAGGCUGCCGCCGCAGCGGAGGCAGGGGCGGAGCCAGCUGCAGCAGCAGAGCCCCCACAAGAUGAAGCAUAGAGCAAAGAUUAGGAGCAAAGCAAAGGGGGAAAAACAGAACCAAAUAUAUAUAUAUAUAUAUAUAAAGCCUCCACAAUUGACAGAUAGUAAUUUGCAAUACUUCCUUCCCUGCUUCCGUUUUUGUACGGUCUCUCAAAGCUUGCUUUUGUUCAAGCUGGAAUUGUAUCAUUUCUCGGAAACUUGUCACCUGACAUGAAACUAUUGGUUUGCACAGCCAAAAAUAUUACUAUGCAUUGAAUGGAUAUUUUCUUUGAA